AUGACGAAAGGAUGCCCGGGAUGCAACCGCCAGAUCAAAGACUACCAGACCUAUUGCGUCUACGGAUGCAGCCAGGUCGCCUACUAUGAGAACAAACGUCGGCGGGAGCGCGAACGCCAGCGCCAGAUGGAGAGGAUGCGGGAGAGGGAACGGAGCAGGGUGCCGCCUGUGUUUGUUUACCUCGGUUCCGGCGGUGGUGGAGGAGGAGGAGGAGGGUAUAAUCGGGGACACGGGCUGAUUACAAAAGGACACCGCAUCCAGUCCUCUGCGGAUCCUCCACCACCUUAA